UUCAUAUCUUUCACAUCCCAUAUCUCUUGUCUCUUGCUUCACCUGUUCCUUAUUCCUACCUAUCGGUGGUAAAGGUUCAUAUUUCCCGAUACCACCGCUUACAUACUCACAUGUGCUAAUAGACCCUGUCGGACCAUUAGAUAAAAGUCGCUUGAUUGUUGGUAGAAAAAAAGAGGUCGAACGACCGACCAGACAAGAACAACCCAACAUUUUCAACGUCUUUUAAGACGCUUAUCACAAUAUCUCUUCCUUUCGGGCGGAUCGCAUUCUCUGUUUCCCAGGCAGAGAAUGCCUGGAGAGUUGCUCCCUAUCAUGGCUGCUCCCAGCGUCCCCGAAGUAAAAUCAGCUUUAACCUUAUCAAUUCGAGGAAAGCCAGAUUUAUAUCUUAUUGUACGUUAAUAUACUCAAAAAUUUACGGCCUUCGUUCAAUGAUCCGGUCGACUAAUAAGAUUACAGUCCGAAGAAGACACCAUUUAUGAACAGGAUAUCCUACGCGAUCCAGGCAGUACGAAACCUUGGUUGGCAUACAUCGAGUUUAAAUUUCAACAUGGGACUCAACUUGAGCAAGCUUUCGUUUUGGAACGAGCUUGUUUACAAUUACCAAGGUCUUAUAAGUUAUGGAAAAUGGUAACAUCUAUGCGCGCAGGCCCCACUUCAACAUCUGCUGACGAGAUAUAGUACCUUACAUUGCGAAUGAAGCACUUGGGAAAGUUAAAUCCUGCAGUAUUUGCCUCCGAAUAUGCCAAAGUCAACGCGCUAUACGAAAGAGCCCUGAUUCUUUUGAACAAGAUGCCAAAAAUCUGGGAAAUGUAUCUUCAAUUUUUGAUGCUCCAACCGCUCGUUACUCUCACGCGCCGGACCUUCGACCGAGCGCUUCGAGCUUUACCUAUCACGCAGCAUAAUAGAAUGUGGGCCCUCUACCGUCCUUUUGCAAAUUCAGCUUCCGGCUCUACAGCCGUCAAGAUAUGGCGACGCUACAUGCAAAUCCAUCCAGAGGAUGCCGAAGAUUUUAUUGAACUAUUAAUUGAGAUGAAACUCUACACAGAAGCAGUUAAAAAAUAUAUGGAUAUCCUUAAUAACCCCAAGUUCCGGAGCAAACACGGAAAGGGACAUUACCAAUUAUGGAGUGAGAUGGUAGAUCUUCUUGUUGAGCAUGCCAAGCAAGUCGAAACUGGAGAUGAAGUAGGAAUUGAUGUUGAGAAAAUCAUUCGAAGUGGCAUUGAUAGAUUUGCCGAUCAAAGAGGAAAAUUAUGGUCUGGUUUAGCGACAUACUGGAUUACUCGGGGUAGUUUUGAACGGGCACGAGAUAUCUUCGAAGAGGGCAUUACGACAGUCAUGACCGUUCGAGAUUUUACGUUAAUAUUUGAUUCCUACGCCGAGUUCGAGGAAUCAAUUACCGGAGUUCUGAUGGAGGCUGCUGCAGUUCGAUCAGAAAAGGGCAUAGUGGAUGAAAAUGCCGAUUUUGAUUUGGAUAUUCGGAUGAUGAGAUUCGAACAACUCAUGGAUCGCCGACCAUUUUUACUGAACGAUGUUUUAUUACGGCAGAACCCCAGCAACGUCUCUGAAUGGAUGAAGCGCAUUUCUCUGUGGGGAGACAAUAAAGUUGAAGUGGUUAAAGCAUACACCGAUGCGAUUGCUGCUAUUCAGCCGAAGAAAGCCGUCGGACAGUUCCACGAGUUAUGGUCAAAUUAUGCCAAGUUCUACGAGGAAGGUGGGGAUUUACGUAAUGCCCGUGUUAUUUUCGAGAAAGCCGUGAAAGUCCCAUUUAAGUCUGUGGCAGAACUUGCAGAUACUUGGAUUGAGUGGGCGGAAAUGGAGCUGCGAAACGAGAAUUUCGAUGAAGCCGUCAAGAUUAUGGCAAAGGCAGUUCAAGCACCGAAACGAUCUAAUGUUGACUAUUUUGACGAAACCCUUUCACCUCAGCAGAGAGUCCACAAGAGCUGGAAGUUGUGGAGUUUUUAUGUAGACUUGGUGGAGAGCGUUAGUACCUUGGAAGAGACCAAGAAAAUAUACGAACGAAUUUUCGAACUUCGAAUCGCGACGCCACAAACUGUUGUCAAUUACGCCAAUUUACUGGAAGAGAACAAGUAUUUCGAGGAGUCUUUCAAAAUCUACGAGAGAGGGCUUGAUUUGUUCAGCUAUCCGGUAGCGUUCGAACUUUGGAAUUUGUACUUGACCAAGGCAGUUGAUCGAAAAAUCGGUAUUGAACGACUUCGGGAUUUAUUCGAGCAAGCAGUCGAAGGAUGUCCACCAAGAUUUGCCAAAGUAUUGUAUCUUAUGUAUGGAAACCUAGAGGAGGAGCGGGGUUUAGCAAGACAUGCGAUGAGAAUUUACGAGAGAGCAACCCGAGCUGUCUCUGAUGAAGAUCGUGCAGAUAUGUUUAAUUUCUAUAUCACCAAGUCAGCGUCAAAUUUUGGUCUACCUUCAACGCGACCAAUUUACGAAAGAGCUAUUGCAGCUUUACCAGACAAAGAUGCCAGAGAUAUGUGUUUAAAAUUCGCCGAUAUGGAGAAACGACUAGGCGAAAUCGAUCGUGCAAGGGCGAUCUACGGACAUGGAUCACAAUUCUGCGAUCCUAGAACAAGUCCAACGUUCUGGUCCAAAUGGGAAGCGUUUGAGGUCCAACAUGGCAAUGAGGACACAUUCAAAGAAAUGCUUCGUAUCAAGAGAAGUGUACAAGCACAAUACAAUACUGAUGUUAAUUUCAUCGCCUCUCAAGCCCUUGCUCGAAGUCAGGCGAAGACUGAUGAGGAUGGAGAAGAGGCUGCCGAUGCAAUGGCGGCAUUAGAACGUGAGGCACGAGCCCCUGUCGGAUUUGUACCGGCAAGCACGGGUCCCCAGGGUGGGAAUAUCAAAGAACCAGAAAUAAUGGUUACUGAAAAUCCUGACGCUAUUGAUAUAGAUGGUAUGGAUGAUGAAUGAGAGAAUAGCUAAGCGAGGUUCAUUGGAAGGCGAGGUCAAAAUACGGGAACAUUAACCAGAGGGAGUUUGGACAUAGUGGGAAUUCUGAGAUUUUACGGAUUCUCAAUGCAUAGGACGGCGUUUUCAACUGGAUUCACAUAUGAUCAAGGCCAUGAUGGCUGCAUAUGUAUAUGUAUGUUAUUGGUAUCAUAGUUACAGGCGAUAGAAAUAUCAACACUUGCUUCGCAGAAUGAUGGAAAUUGUGGUUCCAAC